GCCUGCAGGGCUUCGGUACCGUCGGCCCAGCGGCUCCAGCGCCCCUCGGCUGCGGGCGGACCCGGACCCGGGCAGCGCAGGGGAUGGACGCUGCAGGCCUCACCCUGAAGCUGCUUCUGAUCGGGGACAGCGCCGUGGGGAAGUCCAGCCUCCUGCUGCGGUUCGCUGACGGCGCGUUUGAGCCGAGCCUGAAACCCACCAUCAGUGUUGAUUUUAGAGUGAAGAAAAUGGUGAUAGACGGCCGUGCAGUGCAGCUUGCGAUAUGGGACACAGCAGGACAGGAGCGCUUUAGAACACUGACUGCCAGUUAUUACCGAGGAGCUCAAGGGGUUGUUUUAGUGUAUGAUGUUACAAGAAAAGACACAUUCACAGGACUAGAUGGCUGGCUGAACGAGCUGGAAGUCUAUACGUCCAAAAACAGCACCGUGAAGAUGUUAGUUGGCAAUAAAACUGAUAAGCCUGAUCGUGAAGUAGAGAGAAGAGAAGGACUCCAGUUUGCUAGGAAACGCUCCCUGCUUUUUAUAGAGACCAGUGCCAAGACACAGGAUGGGGUGCAACAUGCCUUUGAGGAACUGGCCAUAAAGAUCCUGCAGACCCCAAGUGUUUGGGGUAGGAAUGCAGAGAAGCAGCGAAUGCAGCUGACAGGAUCCUCAGCACAGCGGGAUAAAAGCUUUUGUGCUGCGUACUGUCCACUUGCUUAACUUCACAGGUGGCUGUUCUGCCCCAAAGAAGGGAUUUUCUUGUUAAAGCAGGGUGGGAGCAGUGGUUCCAAGCACUAGUUUGUGCUUUGUUUGUCCUGUCACCAGCUGAGUGGAUCCAAACCCCCACUGAUGAGCAAAAUACUCUUUGUUUGUUAACAAAAUGCCCUUUCUCUUUCCCUGCUGCACAACUGAGAUCUCCAGGUAUUUUUCUGGUAACUAUCAGGUUUUUCACUAUGAAGUCACAGUUCUUAAGAGUAUCGUGCUCUUGCUGGAUGGCAUUCAACAUGGACUCUUUCUGAAAUUCCUGCCUUGCCAUAAAGUAAGGUAGUAUUCCAUUUUGGAGGAUUAUUGAAAAGCUUUCCUUUCCCAGAAUGGUAUGGGAGUCUUUUAGGCACCCAAGUUCCCUUAAAUGUAGUUAACAGGAGCCAUCCUGAGCAUUGUUUCCCUAUUUCACAUGGCUUUAAGCAGUUUAAAUUGCUACAUGUCCCCAGUUCAAUAUAAGAUGUCAAGUUAGAACAGAAAAACUGCAGUUUCAGAUACAGCCUGUAUCAGUUUCAGAUACAGGAAGACCCCUGUAGAUGUUAACCAAGACUCAUCCUUCAAUACUACAAACCAUAAAAAAGAAUUAUGAAAGACUAUGUACAUUUUAGGUGUGAGCAAGACAGGGAGAGGAGUUCAAGUACUUUGACUUAGACCUUUAGGCACUACUGCCAACGUCUUGGGAUUAAAGUAAAUUUGCAUUCAGACUGUCUUCAAAAAUCUCUUCUCAAGGUUUUUUCUCCUUACCAGGCAUGGCUAAUGCAGCAGGGACUCAGCAUUGGCAAGACUGGAAUCAUGUCUUCAGAACAAUCAUCUGCAUGUACCUUCUUCCUAGCACUUUAGAAUAAAUAGGAGCAUUGAAUGUGUUCUCUUCCUCCCCCUACAACUGAAGCUCAUCUUAGUUACCUGCAAUCUUUUGCAUGUAAUACAGAGCCUCCUGCCAUCCUUUAUUUCAAACCUCAUUAACAAAACCAAUGUUUCUGCCACUAUCUUGAGUUAGUACCUGCCUUUGUACAUCCACACAGCUUAUCUGCAUACACUUAAAAAACUAACUCACAACGAGUAUUUCAGUUCACUUUUAAUAGCAAUGCUGUAUUUUAAUAUCUUUUCAGGUAUUGUAACUUCAGGUGUAGCACCGUAUGUCAUUUGCCUUACUUCUCUUAAUGCAGAUUUCUAUUACUUGACUAUGUUAGAUCAUAAAGCAUACAAAUUAACUUCUUUACUGCUAGUCAUUUGGAAUAUUCUAAGAUGUUAGAAGCAACCUUGCUAUUAGUGAAUUCUGACCCCUAGACAGUAUCUUACUUGGUGUUCUUUAAAUCAGAUCUGUAUCCUCUAAACAACAUGUUUUUCUUGCAGACUACAAAAAAAAUGCUUGUAAUCCGCAAUACAGAUGUACAGUGAGAUCAAUCUGUCCAUUUCAUAGUUUCAUCAAACCACUUAGUUUGAAGUGCUGCUAUUUAAAUAAAAUAUUACCCUCAGUUUUUCACAGGAUAAAGGUACAUUUGUCAUAUA